CGCAGCCUGCCGUUGAGUAAGUCUCUGCAUACCCGUGCAAUUUGCAUUGACUGCGCAAUCGGGCUCGCGCAGGAGGCGCUGCUUCCGUUACUUCGACACGUCACACCAUGGGGCAAGCGAAUGGCAAGGAGCGUGCUGAGGACGGCUCAGCAGGCCAUCGUCGCACGCCCUCCGCCGGUGCUGGUUCAUCUGGCUCAUCCUCGCACCCCCGUUGGCCGAAAGGAUUCGAUGGCGGUGCGCUCGAGCCGCAAGGCGUAUAUACUGGCAUACAGGACUAUUCCCAUGACGUCGUCAAGAGGCUCAUUACCAGUCGGCGCUUAGCGCCGUUCUACGCUGGUGCUGAGGACGAUGAGACGUAUGCACACGUCUUUGAUGGGGAGGUGGAGCAGACAGAAUGUCCUAUUUGCUUCUUGAACUACCCUUCGCCAUGUAAUCAGACACGUUGUUGCGAGCAGCCAAUCUGCAGCGAGUGCUUUGUGCAGAUGAAGCGUGCGGACCCAAAUCACACCAAUCCGCCUUCGUCAGAACCUGCUGCUUGCCCAUUCUGUAUGCAGAGCAAUUUCGGAGUGGUUUACCAUCCGCCGCAAGCGCUUCUCGAUGGACAUCGCCUGCAGGGUGGAGGGCAAAGCAGCCGACGCGCUAUCCACCCUAGCAGCUCGAUCCCUCAAUCAACUUCUGGUGUUCCAGGCGUGUCUAUGACCAUGCCAGAAGGCAGCGCUAUCGACUCUUCCUUUUCAAUUCGAGAUGCCGCCUCGCCCACGUCACCAGCAACUGAGCACCGGCGACGCAAGUCGUUCAACCACUCGGAUCCCGAAGUCGUCACAAUCGACAUGAUCCGGCCUGACUGGCAAGCUAAGCUGGCUUCGGCACAGGCAGCCAUUGCGCGGCGUGCCAAUCGGCGCAUCAUCAUGCGCCAGGUCGGCGACCGCCUCAUCCCCGUGGGCAUCAGCAGCAGCCGGCUCGGCCAAGAGCUGCCAGCAGGGACGGGCCCCGGCGGCGCUAUCAUUCUGCAGCAGGGACAGGAGCUGGCGCUGCCGCCGGGGUUCCAGGCUACAGCUGCUGAGCAGCGCGGCGAGAGGAGGCGCUCAGGCACGGGGAGAAGGCAGCAGGAGAUUGCACGCUAUCUGCACACGCUGAGCGCUGGUCAGGACUUGGAAGAGGCAAUGAUGAUGGAAGCGAUGCGCCUCAGUUUACUCGAGCACGAAGAGCAGCAAAGGCGGCAAGCGGAGGAAGCUCGAAGACAGCGGCAAGCACAGCCCCAGCAAACGCCGCAAGUGUGUGUCGACACAAGCGCAACAGCACCCCCGCAGCAAGCCCCUACACCCUCUUCUUCCCCAUCUUCGCACGCAGCAAACAACAACCAUCCAUCGUCCGCAGCAGCUGCUCCGCAACUUUUUCAAUCAUCGACUCCUGAUUCGACGCACCCUUCUGCUGGAAGCCACUCACCUACAGUCGAGUCCGGCGCGCCAACCGCACCUCUUCUUGACCUUGGAGUGCCGGCACUAUCUGUGGAGGCUACGCUUUCGCGGGGAGAGAGGGUGAGCAUGCUUCAGUCGAGUAGCAUGAUGCAGGACUUGGCAGAGUUGCUAGGCACAAGUGCAAUUGGAGAAAGUAUCACCGACUCUAGCGCUGCGAACGGCGUUUCGACCACCCCAGCGGCACCACCGCGGUCAGUAGGUGCGGACACAGCGACUUCCCACCCGCAUACAGCGACUGUAGUCCCGCCUCCUGCGCCCGUCGACAUACCCACACCCGUGCCCGAGGUGAAUACAGGAUCAUCGAGAUCUUCAGCGGGGAUAGGGGCAGCUGCGCUUUCUGCUGCUGCUGCGGCGGCGGCGGCGGCCAAUAGCUCUGGGACAGGCGCUGGCAGGUCCAAAUCGAAUGGCUCAUCGCACGCUUCUUUGGAGCGUAUCGGAAAGAUCCUGCCCAAGCCUGCUACUAAUGCUCUUCGGAGCCAUCAUGCCGGUGGCGCAGCAGCGAGUGCUGCCAGCCCCAGCGGGAGCAAGGGAGAUGGCAGCCCUACUCUACAAGGGUACGCAAGGCUUGAUGAUGACAACAAUAGCAACAGUGGCGAUGCAGGCGGUGCUGCGGGAGCAUCAGCAGAUCAGUUGCGCACCGCCUCGUCCGGGGCCAAGUUUGCGAUUUCGUGAUGCAUGGCAUUGCAUUGACACGCAAGUCGCAAGCGGCGACUCUUUCAAAGGACACCCCCCCCCCUUCCCCUUCCCCAAAUCCAUCUAUCUUGCAACGCGCGUCAACCCCUCCACAUCCAGCUUGCACAAGCUCUGUCCAGUUCAAGCCACGCUCUUACAUUCCACGCGUCGGGCAUUUGCACACUCCGA